AUGAGUAAUACAUCUCGAUCAGCUGUACAAACACUGGAACCAGUACCGCCAACGUCGGCAUGUUAUGAAAACACUCCGAACCGAGGAUUAGUUGAAACUGAAUUGGUCCGUGAAAAAUUAUAUGAACAAGUGCUCAAUUCGAUUAAGUCCUGGCUUUCAAGUCAGCAAGCAUAUCCUCCGUGGUCAAAGAAGAAUAUAUGGCAUAUCCUUCUUCGCUAUAUAUUUAUUAAAAAAGCAGCUCUCUCGCGACCGAUGCCUGAUCCGGUAUUUGCUAUUGGUACGUGUUCAGUGGCGAGACAGCAACUUCGCCGUGAUCUUGAAAAACGAAAAGUGAACAAUUUCACUGAACUAGCUAAGCUAAUCGAUCAUCAACUUGAAAUUGCAGCGCUUGAAAUAUGCGUAGCAAACAUCGGAAUGGAUGCACCUGUAACUGUAUCAAAUAUCGACGGUGACCUCAUUUAUCGUGGCCGAGUACAAAAAGACUUUUCACGGUUAGCUCAACGCUUUGGACCCGAUUACUAUCAUGCAGCAUAUGCCUUGGGAUUGCGCUACAAGUACAUCCAUCUAUGUGGUCAUGGACUAGCACGGGAAUACGAAAAGGAAACUAAAUUGAGUGCAAACUAUCCGUUCAUCCGUGAAUGCUUUGCUUCUACUUUCAAUCAUUAUUUUGAUCAAUACCACUCUGCAUUUCCAGACCUCGAGGCUUUUUUCGGAUCGCGAGGUUGCUUCUUUAAAGCGGCGUGGGAAAAAGACCCCGCUGGAAUGAUUUACUACGUGUGUCCACCGUUUGAUGAUACUCUCAUGCAAUUGUGCGUAGAACGUGUUUUGUACGUAUUGAAACAUCAAUUGGUUUCUUGUGCUCGCUUUAUAUUUACUAUACCGGGAAGUUGGACAAAUUUCAAAGCUUUACAACAACUGAAAACAAGCCCAUGGACAGUACAAAUCACUGAUUAUCCAAUAGGUAAAUUACGAUUCAUUGAUUACAUGGCCGAAAACACACCCCGUAUUUUGUAUCCAACUGAUAUCUGUGAAGUUACUCUAACAAAUUGUAAUUGUUAA